GUUUAAAUUCACAUCAUCUAACGGACUGAGAGGAGGUUCUUGCUUCAACAGUGAUUGAACGGAACGUCUUUCAGGUACUGAGUAAAGCCUAAACAUUCAGUUAUAAUAUUUAUUCUUUGUACGUUUGAUAAGAAAACCAGCUGAAAUGGAGUCUCAGAUUCGUCAGAACUACCACCGCGACUGCGAGGCCGCCAUCAACAAGAUGAUAAACAUGGAGCUGUACGCUUCAUACACCUACACUUCCAUGGCUUUCUACUUCUCCCGGGAUGAUGUGGCCCUCACUGGCUUCGCUCACUUCUUCAAGGAGAACAGCCACGAGGAGAAAGAACAUGCUGAGAAGUUGAUGUCCUUCCAGAACAAAAGAGGAGGACUCCUCAUGCUCCAGGACAUCAAGAAACCUGAGCGCAAUGAGUGGGGGACUGGACUGGAGGCCAUGCAGUGCGCUCUGCAGCUGGAGAAGAAUGUGAACCAGGCUUUGCUGGACCUGCACAAGCUUGCUGCUGACAAGAUCGACCCUCAUCUGUGUGACCUCCUGGAGACUCACUACCUGAACGAGCAGGUGGAGUCCAUCAAGAAGCUGGGUGACCACAUCACCAACCUCAGCAAGAUGGACGCCGGCAACAACAGGAUGGCCGAGUACCUGUUCGACAAGCACACCCUGGGCGACAAGAGCUAAAUCUGAUUUAACAACAGGCUGCAUCACUUUAGUUUGACUUGUACUAACGUGUGUUGAAUAAUUGGAAACCGGUUUGAAGUGAAUGUUUUAGUCCUUAAGAAUUUUAAAUCUGAAGAAUAAACAUUUUAAGCUGAA